GAAAUAACCAUGUGCUAAGGUCCAAAGUCUUGCCUAGGAUUUCGGCUUUCCCCUGCGGGAGGCCCCUAGUGGGGCGUGGGGCCGGGCACAGACCAGCAGCAGUGACCUGCGGGGAGAAGGGGAUGGCUAGCUCAUCCCGACCCGAUGGGGAGCAGCGCAGUGCUGUGGAGUAGAAGUUGGCUUUGGCUCAGAAAGGGACCCUCCCAGGAGCAGAAGGGAAGCGGGCAGGGCGCCAUGGAGGAGCAGGGCGCGGGACUGGCCAAGCGGCUGGGCACAUUGCUCUCGGGCCUGCUGGAAUGCAUGUGCUUUGCUGGCGUCAUCUUCGGCUGGGCCUCGUUGGUGUACGUGCUCAAGGACAUGCACUACUUCGAGGAGCUGUGUGUGCCGGCGGCUAACGGCACGGGCAAUGGCACGCAGGGCCCAGACUGCCGGGCGCAGGACGAGCAGCUGUCACUCGUCUUCACCGUCGGCUCCUUCAUGAACAACUUCAUGACCUUCCCCACCGGCUACAUCUUUGACCGCUUUGGCACCGUGCCAGCCCGCUUGCUGGCCAUAUCCCUCUACACUGGCGGCACACUGCUUAUUGCCUUCUCCACGGCAGCUACGGCGCUGAUCCUCUUCCCGGCUAUGUGUCUGCUCUCCAUUGGCGGCAUCCUCCUCAUCCUCACCAACAUGCAGGUGGGGAACCUGUUUGGGAAGCACCGCUCGACCAUCAUCACCCUCUACAAUGGGGCCUUCGACUCGUCCUCCGCUGUCUUCCUUGUGGUCAAGCUGCUGUAUGAGCAAGGCCUGACCCUGCGAGCCAUGUUCCUCUUCCUCUCGGCCUGCAGUGCCUGGCACCUGACCCGCACCUUCUUCCUGAUGCCUAGGUGGCACAUCCCCUACCCACUGCCCCCAGGAUACACAUACGGGCUGAGGUGCCAGAGGCAGGGGAGCUCUUACCGUACCCAUGAGGAGCAGCGGCCAGGCCUGGGUGAUGGAGCCCACGAGCCCAGCGACCCGUGCUCGGAGCCAGGCCCGGGAGAUGCUGAUGCCAGCAAGGCCCUCAAGGGCAAAGGAGAGUCGGGGGCCGGGCCGGGCCAUGGAGAGCUCCCCGGCAUGUCUUUCCGUGCCUGUGUCUUCUCCAAGCUCUUCUUCUGGCACCUCAUGUGGCUGUCGGUGAUGCAGCUGCGGCACUACCUCUUCAUCGGCACCCUCAACCCCAUGCUGGAGCACCUGGCUGCCGGCGACACCACGCUAGUAAGCACCUACACCAAUGCCUUCGCCUUCACCCAGCUCUGCGGGGUCCUGUGCGCCCCCUGGAAUGGGCUCAUCUUAGACCGGCACAAGCGUGGGAGGAGCAAGGAUGGCAGUGCUAAAGGUGGCUCGGACUCCCUGGCGGACCUGCACUCCUGCAUCCUGUCGCUGGCUGUGACGGUGCUGCAGUGUGUGGCCUUCUCGGUCUGUGCCUCUGUGCCGGUGCUGCCCGUGCAGUAUGCCACCUUCAUCCUGCAGGUGCUGAGCCGCUCCUUCCUGUACGGGGGCAACGCCGCCUUCCUGGCCAUCGCGUUCCCGCUGGAACAUUUCGGGAAGCUAUAUGGGUUGGUGAUGGGCCUGUCGGCCUUGGUGUCACUCCUCCAGUACCCCUGCUUCGCACUCAUCAAGGGACCGCUCAGCGAUGACCCCUUCUAUGUGAACAUUGGCCUCAUCAUCGUCAUCCUCCUGGCCUUCGUCAGUCCGCUGGUGGUGCUGCGGGAGUACCAGCGCCGGGAGAGGGAGCAGGAAAAGCAACAUGUUGACUCACCCCCCCUGAUCCUGGCCAAGGCCGGUGUGGAGUCCUCCAUCUGACCCCCCCCAGCAGGGACCUUCAGGGGCUGUUCCCCCCAAAAAGGGAAUGAGGAAAGGGAAUUAGGAGUGCAGGCUGAGCCCCAGCCAAUCCCCAGCUGUGUCCCUCCAGCCCAGCAUCCUCACCAUCAGCUCCAGCCAGGCAGGCACUCCUCUUCAGCAGCAGGGUGGUGGGUCACGAUGGGGUAUUUUUAGAUACUUGAUUUUCUAGGUUUUUGUAUAGCCCGGUCGGUAUAAAUCCAGCCUUUCCCUCUCCCUGCACCCAGGGUGCGCGGCGGGGUGUGUGUGUGUGGUAUAGUUCCCCUUAUCGGCAGGGUGUAUUUCAAUCCCCCUAUUUCCUUCUCUUUUACUACAGAGAUUUUAUUUCUGUGCUUCUUUGUAAAAGUGAGGGAACGGGACGCCCCGGCGCCUUCCUUCCUGAAAUCACAUAAAUGCUAACGAGGAACUAA